GGCCCCACAUCUCCAACAGCUAUUUGCGAUCUAGGAGCCACCGUUCGCUACCGUUCUUCCCGCAGCUAAGUGUUGCGUGGGUCUUUCAGAAACGACCAUUCAGUUUAGUUGUUUGCGUGGUUAUCUUCUAGCUUGUAGAGCUUCAAUGGCGGUACGACGUCGCCUCUGCUUUCCUCCGGAUGCAGCAACAUAAGCUCACUAAGUUCUCUCUGCGCAAGUCGAACUUGGACAGCGACAAAGUCCCGCAAAUCGCCCAUGGCCAGGCUGGCAUCGUGGUACGUGACCUUUUGAAAAUCUUCAGACCAGAUCAUAAAGCUCAUUCCAGUCGUAUUACUUGCGACUCGCCUGGCGAACUGACGCAGUCUAUAAGCCCAAUCGAAGGGGCAGCGCGAGCCUUGGACAAGAAAUCGCUGCUGCAGAUCGUCGAGCAUGUCUGCUGGAUAGUCCCAUCUUCAGCUGCUACGACCGCUCGCUGGGUCACGAGCAUCUGUGCUUUCUUGAUAAAUUUUGAGAGCACUGGCGAAAAGCUGGCAGCAUUGUGGAAAGUCCCUGCAUCUUUCUCUUUUAUCGGUGCGUUCCGGGACGACCGGCCACCCCCAUUUGUCCACAACACUGAGUCAAUAUUCUUCCUUACUUACUUUACUUCACCACCACCCUAUAUAAUUACUAACCCAGCUUGGCAACAUUUGCAACUGCAUGCGCUAAACCAAUUGCUGUUGUCACUUUUUCGAUGCAACAUUGUGGUAUUGUUGCGCAGUGACUUGAGG